GCCACGUUGGUAGGCGCAAGUUAGCGUGGCUGCUAUUCUGCGCACGGAAGCCACACACCUACGAUGCUCCCUCUCACUGCAACAGAGGAAGACGACGGAGUGAAUAAAUUUUGAGAAAGAAAGAGAGAGGGAAGAAUCGAAGUAAUGACGACAAUGGAAAGCAAGAAUAAUGCAAUUGGAAUUGGAAUUGAGAAUCCAUUUACUUUGAAAGUAGGUCAAGUAUUUACUGGUUUCGGAAUCGGUUGUGGAGUUGGAAUCGGCGUUGGACGCCCUUUAAAUUUAGGUGCAAUACCUAUGUUAAAUCAAGUGAUGAGUGCUACUAGGGGUGCAACUGAUGCAUUUUCUGGUGUUAGCAGACAUGUCAAUACUUCUUUGAGGAAGUUGGGAGCUAGGAAUAUUGAAGUUGGGGUUGGAUGUGGAGUUGGUUUCGGUCAUGGUUUUGGAGCUGGACUUGCUGUGAAACCAGGGGUUUUGAAUCAAAUUCAAUCUUGUUUUGUUGUAACAAUGACAAAGAUGAUGAUGAAGUUUGGACUCACUCCCAGUUUACCAUUUAGUCAGGGUGCUUUUCCAGCAUCCUUACAAAGUGCCACAAGCACAGUCAGUCCAGGAAGCAUGAUGCAGUUAGCAACUAAAUCAGCUGAUCAAGCAUCCCAAGGUCUAGCAGGGUCUCAACCAAUGAAUAUUGGUUCGGCUUUUGAUAAAACUGUAAUAAAAGACACUUCAGUUGACACUGCAUUUGGCAGCCGAACUGAGCAGGUUCUUAACAACUUUCUUCAGAAUCCACUGUUGAAGGGAGAAGGAGGAGCACCCGGUGAAGCAGCUGGACGCUUGAUCACAGAGAACAAAAUACUUCAGAUGGUUUUGAAACACCAGCAAAUCAUUGAAGAACUUGUGGAGGAAAAUGAGAAGCUUCGGCAGAUACUAGUGGAGGAGCUGAAAGUACCAUCCAGCAAACUUGAAGCUAGUUCUUCAGAUAGUUACACCCAAUAUAUUAAAGAAGAGAAUGAUAGUCGAAGUGCAAAGAGCGAAUAGAAAAAUCUUACAACAUGAUGUGGAAUUUAUAUGCUUAAGUAUUAAUUUGACAAGUACGUUUUCUUAAUGUGUGAAUAUAUUGAGUAUUCCAUCAAUAACUUCACUUAAAUCCAUUUUUUUUAGUUUUGACCAUGAUCCAUUUGUAAAUAGUAAUAACAAAUUAUAAAACAAAUGGGAAAAUACCCACAUACAUGGAAAAGUGUAAAUUUUUAUUUGUUUUAACCCUUUUGUUCUCAAAGAAAACAGUCAUUACAAUUUAAAAUUUAAUUAGAACUAUGUAAAGUUUGGCCAAAUAUUAUUCUAGAUAAAACAAUAUAAUUAUUGAGUCAUUGUGAUAGAAUCUAAUGCUUUAUUUGGUGUGGUACUCCAUUCUCUCUGUAUGAUAUGAUCAUAAAUGAAUAAAUUCUUUUAACUUUUUUCUUUAAAGAAAACAUUCGUUUAACUUUUGGCAUACACGAAUGCUUGUUGUUAUAAUGAGGAAAAUUUCAAAUGCUUGUUUGUGGUUUGUGCAUAAGGAUUCUAUUCUGUCAAAAGUGGAGAAUGAGGUCAAGAAUGUGUCCACCUCCUCUAUUCUCCACUAUCAAUAUAGUGCCUUUUAGAGAAUUGCAAUCAAACAAGAUACAAUCCACACGUUACACUCCAUACGUUCAGCUUGUCAUUCAAACCACUCACUCUCCUCCCGAAUCUUCUCAAGGUUUUACGAAACACCCUUCAUAUCUCAAAUUAAUGAACGAAUUAUUAAGAGACCACCCAUUAAAGAUGCUUAAGCUUAUAUAAUCUCUUAAUUAACAUUGAUAGACUUAGACCAAUAUAUAGAAACCAUGUGCAAAUCACUUUCUAUAAGGUUAAUUAAUUUGGUGCAAGAAAAGAUCCCACCAAUAUCAUCCAUCAUCUUUUAUUCUUCCACCAUAACUCGUCCGUUUCCUCCUUUUAACCUUUUCUUCUGUACUAAUAAAAUUCUAAAUGCCACCUCACCCUUCUCCAAAAGCAAAGUUACCUUCCACGCAUUUUUUCACACAUGUUGCUCUCUUUCUUAACAGCUAGCACUUGAGAUUCAUAUGCUUGCUUACCUAACUACCCCAUUAAUCCCAUCUUUUGCAAUGCAAUUAUAUAUCAAGAAAGGCUUUCUAGCUCAAAAGCAAUUAUUAACAACAAAAGGAGCUCAAAGAUGUAGCCAAUUACCAAAAAGUUUUUUUCUUCCUAAAUGGGCACUAUUGUUGAUGUCGAACUCAGGUAGACUUAAUCGACAAAGUACCAUGACCUAAGUCUCGGGUGUUUACUGAAUAGUGACUAAAUGUCUUAAAGUUUUAAGUUGAACACAUAUUUUUUAAGGUUUGACCGAGUAAAGAUACAUGUGGUUGACAUAGACCCUUAAUUAGUAUUCAGUUUACGAGCCAUAAUACUCAGUUAUUGGUCCUACAUGGUCUUUAGUUAACGAGCUGAGGUAUCUUAAAAGAGAUAUGACAAUUCACAUCCCCUCAAGCAUCAAGUCUAACAACGAAAUGCUUAAAAGAGAUAUCACAAUCUAGACACAAUUACUAAAAAGUUAUCGAGUUGAUAAGUUAGAAUAGAAGCUAGUAGCGUCGAUUUUGUCACAUAAAUUGAAGAGAAGGAUAGAAAAGUAGAAGUCACCAUGCAAAUCUGUUUUAUUUAGUAAGCUAGCUACAAAAUAUGAAGCGGACAAAUACAUACGCAAUGUUUGGUCACAACCGUCAAAAUAACAAAGCACGGAAGAAUCAUACACGAAAUAUCAAAUCAAAACAACAAAAGA